AUGUCAAAUGAAACGAAAGCUGGGGCUUUCCUCCGUCCUAAGACUAAAGAAAAACGCUUUCCCAACAAUAAAAAAAGAAAAGGAAACAACGGGAAUGGAAAUUCAAAGGACGUACGCCGUAAAACGCCAGAGAAAACAGUGCAGAAAAAAGGGACAACGUCUAAACGCUCAAUGCGUGUGCAAGUUGGCUCAAAAAUGUGUACCAAAGAAACUCAAACUGACCCCCAAAUCACUGGAGUUGAUUUGCCUUUGACAGAGGUACCACCAAGUGGUAACUCAAUUUUUGAAGAACCAAUCACUGCAAUACCAGUAGGCACAUCAACUCCCAAUCAAAGCGAAGACGAGUCUUCACCUUGUGAGAGUGAUCAUCAUGUUAGCAUCUUUGAUAGAACUUUUAAUCCAGACAACACAUAUCUUUCAUCAUCAUUAAUGUCGGAUAGUGAUGACAGUGUCAGUGAUUUGUCGAAGGGUCCAGUUGACCAAAGGAAGUUUAUUUUGGAACAUAUGUGGUUAAUUAAACAAGUGUGCAAGUUGUGUAACUAUAGCAGAAAAUGGAACAGCCAACCAAAAAUCAAAGAAAUAGCUGCUGGAAACCUCUUGUUAUCAGCCUCUAUCCUUUUCUCGGGAUCCUGUGUCAGAAAGACGCUGAAUGCUCUUUCGCAUAUUAAUGUGUGCGUUAUUACUGAAAGAACAUUUUAUCGACACCAACAACAGUAUUUACAGCCAGCCACAAUGCAGGUGUGGAAAAGGAAAAGGCAAAACAUAAUGGACGAAAUAAGAACACUUGGGGCACCAGUUGUUCUAGGUGGUGAUGCAAGAGCUGAUAGCGUAGGCCAUUGUGCAAAAUAUGGGUCAUACACUCUCAUGGAUCUCAACAGAAACAAAGUGAUUGACAUACAACUUGUACAGAAAAAUGUGGUAGGUGGCAGCUAUCAUAUGGAACUAGAAGGACUUAAGUUGGGAGUGGCUGCAAUUGGAAUGGAGCAACUAAAAAUCCAAGCUCUUGUGACUGACAGGCAUGCACAGGUUGCCAAAUGGAUCAGAGAGAACCUAAAAGACAUUCAACAUUAUUAUGAUGUGAUGUUGCUAAAAUUAGGCCUUGGAAAAAGAGUAAGAGCCAUCGGGAAAGAAAAGGAUUGUGAAGUGGUGCAGGAGUGGGCAAGAAGGUCAAAUGCAUGCGAAAAAUUGUCCGAUCUUCUAGAAAAACGUCACUUUCUAAAGGACAUACAAAAGCUUAGUCCACAUCGGCAGACAUCGGGUGUAGAGGCAUUCCAUGGGACUAUAAUUCACUUUGCUCCCAAAAUGCUGGUGUAUUCCUACAAUGGCAUGUUUACCAGGGUGAUAAUAGCAGCGUUGCAUUAUAAUGAAAAUGCAGGCAGAAUUGCUUUAAAAGAUGGAAAAGGAAAUGACAGAUACUCCGUAGUUUAUCCAAGAUCUAAAAGUGGUGGAUAUACAUUGCAAAAAGUGUUGACUGAGGCUACUUAUGAUUAUGUUGAUGAACUAAUAGCAGAGGCAAUCCAGUUGUGUAGCAGUGGGAAGAAAGACCUACAACUCUCCAUUCCACAACUCAGGUCUCCACCACCACCUGUUUGUUCAGCCUUUAGCAGACCAGAGAAAGAUGUAGCAAUAGCUAAACAUCUGUCAAGAUUUACCAGUCUCACAUAAACAAGACACUCAAACCAAAAGGCUCUUUUCAGAGCCAUUAUUUAACAAAAGAGAAGCAA